AUGCGUGACUAUGCAUUCUUGAAGGUUUUUCCUAUGAAAGGGAUUAUGAGAUUUGGAAACAAAGGCAAGUUGGCACCCCGUUACAUAAGACCUUUUGAGAUCACAGAUAGAGUGGGAGCAAUUGCCUAUCAGUUGGAGUUACCACCAAAUCUUUCUCAUUUCCACCCAAUAUUCCACAUUUCUAUACUUAGGAAGUAUAUUCCCCAUCAUUCUCAUGUGCUGCAACCAAAGACAGUGAAGCUAAAUGAGAAUUUAACUUUUGAGGAGCAACCAGCAGCCAUAGUAGACUAUCAGAUGAGACUACUUUGGUCAAGACAGAUCCCCAUAGUUAAAGUCCUAUGGAGGAGUCAAUCUGUGGAGGAAUACACUUGA